AUGAAUCCAUUCCUUUCAAUUCCAGAAAUGUAUGAGGAAGAGAUGCGAGAACUUAUCAGGGAAAGAGAAGGUCUAGACGACAAAACAGGCCCAAGGAAGGCACCAAGAGUUAAUACAGUCACGUUGUUGUUCCCUGAACACGGCAGCGAGGAAAAAACAGGGGCGCUCAAACCAGAAGAGACAUUAGAACAGUACCACAAUGAACGGCUCCAACAAGGGUUAAAAUAUGUCACCACAGAAGCAAAAACAGAUAUCAUACCGCGAACGCGAGUAUUCCUCGAAAUUGCCCAGUGCGCUUAUCAAGUCGCUCUACAAACGAAGACCAGAAGUGCUUGUGCAGUUGUACAGGCAAUGGAUAGCGCCUAUUAUUACCGGCCUUGUUUCUUCAAAGCUGCCUCGCCACAAGAUAACGAAUGUUUAAGUCUGGAGUUGAAAUUACGACGCUUAGAAUUGUCCGUCAAUUAUCUCGAUUAUUCGAAUCAAGAUGAUAGUCCUCACGAUCUCAAAAAUCGUCUUUACAUCAAUUGCGAUAUCUUGGGCAUCGACCCAAACCACAUGCGAGAGCUCAUCAACGAAUAUAACAAGAGAAAUGUAAAUCUUGGUAGUCAAACGGCUGAACACAUCACGAAUUGUUACUGGACCGAUCUCGCGAUACAACUUAGCCGGGAUCUCAACGAGCUGCUUAAUGUGUGCUCGGACCGGGCUACUGCUGAGAAAUACGAAGAGAUCAUACUUGGCAUCCAAGCGGAGUAUUUUGAGGAUAUUAGGGGGUUUCCUGAUCCGCGACACUGGUGGCCGAAUGGUAAGGCAAGAAUGUUGACGACAGAAAGAUACGGAAUAGAAGGGCAAAAUGACAAUCAAUAG